UCAGCCUUGCCCGGCCCCCUCACGCCCCUCACACCCUCAGCCUUGCCCCUCUCUCUCACGCCCUCAGCCUUGCCCGUCUCUCUCACACCCUCAGCCCUGCCCGGCCCCCUCACGCCCCUCACACCCUCAGCCUUGCCCGUCUCUCUCACACCCUCAGCCCUGCCCGGCCCCCUCACGCCCCUCACUUCCCUCACGCCCCUCACGCCGGCGGCGCGGGCGGGGCCGCGCGCGCAUGUGACGGUCCCGGCCCCGCCGCCGCCAUGGCCGCCCGCCUGCUGCCCGCUGCCAAGUUUCUGAUCAAAGGAGGCCUGGCUGGAGCUGCUGUGUACGUGGCAUAUGACCAGGGGCUGCUGGGCAGUGGCACAGAAGGUGCUGAAGCACUCAGAAAAGCUCAAGAAACGCUGCCUCCAGCUAUCCAAGAGUGGACAGAUUACCUGGGCUGGGAGCUCCCAUCCACUCCAAAAAUUGACUUUUCCCUCUCUGCUUCCUGGAAUAAAGGGGUGCACACAGUGAUGUCUGCCUUGUCUGUAGCUCCCACCAGGGCCUGUGAAUACACAGUGGAAGGCUGGAAAUACGUGAAGGAUCUUGUGAAAUGAACGUGUUCUCCAGAGUUCAGGAUUCUCUCAGUUCACCCCUCUGGAGGGCAGCUCAGCCGUGUAAGGGCUACAAUAAAAGACUUUGGUGGAACUUC